ACUGAAGUCAAAUAUUGGUUAUUUCUUCCCCCCCCAUCUGUUACACAGCAUUGACAUGUGGAUGUGUAUGGGCCGCUGUAGUGCAGGAUUUGGCCACCAGGCGGCGCCACUUACCCACCUGGAAUUGUAAAAUGGAGUCUAUUAUUCAAGCCAUUCAUUGCCAGUCAGCAGAACGGACGUGUAUUUGCAAAGCUUCAUGUGUUCAGUUGAAUUCAGCUUUGCAGGCUAACGGGAACAAUAUUUAAUUGAUCUCAACUAAACCUUCACUUUGGUGAAUAUAAUCAGUCACGUAAAGGAAACAUCCCAACAAUGAACACAUUGCAGAGUGCAGUGCAUCAGAACGCAAGUUUUAAAAAGUCAUCUAACACCUAAAUAUUAAUUAACAUGUAUCUUUGCGGGUCUUAUUUUCUUUUGAGUGCUUUUAAAUACUUCAUCUGUACAUUUUCCUCCUGUUUGAGAAUUGGUUUGUGGGAAUGUAAUCAUAGCAUCAUUACUCCAAAGCUGUACAUGAAUCCAUCGUUUAUUGAAUUUAGUCUGUUCCAUCACCUAAUUGAACUACUGCCUUUUAAGUAUUAUGCACAAUAAAUAACAUUGAGGGUGGCGACAGAUCAUUGUGCAUUUUAUUCUCAGGGCAUUGAAUGCAUCGCAUACUAACAUGUUAGCAGUUAGCAUGCUAGCACCUAGCAACAUAAUACAAAUUAGCGUUUGACAAGUAAAAUGCCUCAAAUGCUAUCAUACUAACAGUUAGCAUGUCACAGUAAGGUCCCCGUUUGUGCUAUCUAUGAGUGCUGUGGGAUCCUUACAUGCUUGGUGGAAAUAUUCACUGACGUCACGUGUUUGGCUGCAUGUGUUCUUUGCCUCACCCAACUUUCCAUUGCGUUAGCCAAACUGACAGGAGGUUUAGUCAUUGAUGUCCAGUGGAUCUGAGCAUAAUCCAUUGAUGCAGGGAAAGGUGCCGGUGGCGGUCAUUAUUCACGUACUUUCUGCAAAGUUACACAGAAGGAAGAUCUGUUAUGUGCUCCACCAAUACGGGGUUGACUGUUUAUUCCUUGUCUCAACACUCACAUUUGGGUUAGGUUAUCAGUUCAAUGCAUUUCUCACUAGCUUUGAGUAUUAGAUCGCCCAUUGCACUGACAUAAUUGGGACAUCCCGAUCGAUAGCUUGCCUCUUCACAUGCAUACUGUAAGCAUGACUGUUGGUCUGCCAUGAUGCCAUUCACUGGUGGUAGCUGAUCACCAGUGCUUCGUUGCUGCGUCUUAUUUGCUGAUCGUUUAUAUUUGGGAUGAUCUUGAUCUUUUAACCAUUAAGAACUUCCAAUCAAAAAUGGAUACAAAGCCUGGGGGGUGAUUCUCAUACCUUCACCCUGCUGUGUAGCUGAAAAGUGCAACCAAAAUACAGCAGAACCGACUUUAACCGAAAUGUACUCGGUAGUACAUUCAACAUUACUGUUGCAACAACACGUCAUCACUAGGGUAAAACUAACCAGAGACCAGUCUCACGUACUCUCUACUACGUUUGGGUCAGAGUUGGACCUUCUGGAACAGAUUGAUGACGCUAACCAAGGUUCCACUGAAUUGGAAUCAUCACUCAGUGUGAUGCAUUUCUACAACUGCGCCAACAAACUGUCAAUCAAAAUGGAUCAUGAUUAUCUUUGUCAUGGCAGAAUUGUUGCUGCAACUUGGUGUUUUGUUUCCACAGGUUACGGCCAGUAAGCGUUCAGUAUGCUACACUUCCAUCUGUUUCAUGGACAUCAUGCACACUUUCUAUCUUUCAAAGUCGACACCCAACAACUGUCCCAACCCCGCUGUCAUUGGGUGACACUGGAGUCUAUUGAAUUGUGUGUGUGUGUCACACACGCUUCAGUGUUCAUUUAGAAAGCGCAUUCGAGAGAACCUCAUUUGGCUUCUGGUACAACGCAUCAGUAAACGUCCCUGCCUGCUGCCGCUGCUUGGAGACUCUGAAGAUUCAAAGGUCAAAAAAUCAGAAAUGUGUGACCAUCAAGAAAAAAGCAAGAGCAGAAAGCCGGACGCCAAAGUUCACAUAAUGAAGCAGCGCCGCUCCACACAGAAGAAGCUCCAGCUGUCAGAAGAAGAUGACACGCUAGACACCCACUCGACCGCAGAGGACAGCUUGCUCAGUGAUCACCACCCCGACCAUCAGCGGCGUUCUGACCUUUACCACCGCAAGCAAACCCACGGCCGCCUCUCUCUUUCCGAAACUUCUUUGACUUCUUCAUUCGGAUCCUCCUCGUUCUCUUCAUCAACAUCCGCCUCAUCAUCUUCCUCGUCGUCUCACUCCUCCCCCACUUCAGAGUCUUCCUCCAGUGUGUCCUCCGAGAGCAGCGUGUGUUCGGAUGGGUUCCUGCUGAGGAGACCUCAGCAUUCUCUGUCUUGCACUGACAUUUCCAGGAAGCACAAGUAUGCCGAAUAUGUAGAAGAAACAACGCCUUUGAUUGGCAACAGAGAUCAUUUACCCGAGCAGAAACAAGGUGCUCAGAAGAAGACUCAAAAGACUGCAAGAGGAUCAGCGAAUGAUGGAAGUUUCCGCAAAUCCAAAUCAAUGGAGGCGCUCACUUGCUCCACGGAAAGGGGGGCCACUGAGGUCGAAAAAGAACAGGAGAAGAGAAAAAAACAAGUCCGACAGAAUUUAAUGAAGGAGAAAAUGAAGUUUUCCGCCUUCCUCAACGAGAUCACUCGGCAGGUGCUCAGCCCGAUGAGGCUCACCACGCUUGGGGUUAGGGAUGUGCAGAGACAGAGCAGCAUGGGGUCCGCAUCCGUUAGAUCCAGGAAGUUAGAGAGCAACCGACAGCCGAAGAGUCGCCCCGUGAGUGCCGACCCUGUUAGCUCAAGCAAAUGUUCCCACACUCGUCUUUCCAAGUCAUCCCACCGCCGUCGCCGUCAAUGCUCCCCAGAUGCCACUGAGCCCAUGCAGCCCAGGCCCAGGAGCUGCACUGACAUAAGCUGCCUGGAAAGACAUCCAUCACGGUCUUCCCAGCAUUGCCCCAAUUCACCCUCUUUUAAACGCCGCCACCACAGGUACCAAGGAAGUCACGUACGUCAUUGUCACCAUCACCGUGGCAACUGCAACACCCCGAGUUGUCAUCACCGCAGCAUAAGUCCUCACCGUAAGCACAGAUACUACAGUCCUGUCUUUUCUGAUCAUGGAGACCACGACGAGACCCCUUAUCGUCACCACAAAGAUCCUCAUCGCCAUCACCAUGAAGACAACCACGAUGGAGACCGCUACAGCCCAGAUGAUCACCAUCAUCGGAGAGACUACCAUGACCAGCAUUUCCAUUAUCAUCAUGGAUGCCAUCAUGGUCCUCGCCAUGGAGAUCAUCAUUUUACGGCUCAUUACCUCAAAGAGCACAACGACCGAACCUACCAUCCUCCUGAAAUUCACAGCAGUUCAUCACAGGACCAUGAACACCAUCAAAGUCCAAGUCAUCACCAUUGCAACCACCUAAAUAGAAAACACCCCGUUACGCCACGUCGUGGAAACCAAGGCCAAAGCUAUGACUACAGAGACCACCCCUACCCAAAACAUCACCACCGUGGUGACCACCAUGGCCUUCCUCGGUAUCACAAUUCCGAGGAGCAACAUCACCGUGGUGUCCCUCACGGUGAUCCUCAACAAGUAAAACAAAGUGAGAUCUGUGGAGGCCAGCAUCCACACCAGCGAGAUCAACCUAACCACAGAGACCGUCACAGUUCAGGUCAUCAGCAUCAUCAUGGGAACCACCACAGUCCAAACCAUCAGCAUCACCACGGAGAUGACCUCAGUGAGGCACAGCAACCCGAUGACGAUGACGAUUUAUGUCAUAAGCACCGACAUGGAGAUCAGCAUCACCAUGGAAACAAACAUGGUCCAAACCAUCAGCAACACCGUGGAACUCACGGCAAUGAUUUGCAUCAACACAGUCAUGGAGAACGCCAAAGUUCAGGGCAUCAGCACCAUCAACGGGACCAUCACCGUCCGAACAGCCAGCAUCACAAUAGAGACCACCGUCAGCAUCACCAUGGAGACCACCAAAAUCAGAACAGUCAUCAUUAUGAAGACCACCACAGCCGCGUCCAUCAAAACCACCACGGGGAUCAACGUCAUCUUCUUGAGUCCCAUCAAAACCAAGCCCACACCAAAAACAAUGACUCUGAACAUAAGGACCCCCACACUUUGGACAGUCUGCCUCCACACCAGAAGAACCCAACCACCAGCAGCCUCUGCGGUCAAGAAGAGGAACAAACUGACUUCAGUGGUCCGUCAUUACCGCAAUCAAUACAGGAAGCCACACAUGAAAUGGACAACCUUAUGGUCCUCCAGAAAGACAAUGAAGGUCUCCACCAGAGCGUGUUGAAGUCAGCGGUCCGGAUGGAGUGUUUAGGAGAAUUCCUAAGCAGCCAAAAGCUUCUGGAAGAGGAGCUCCAGAGGACGCGUGCGGAAUUGAGCAACCUCACAGAGAAUUUUAAAAUCCUGCAUGAGAACUGCUCAUCCACGCAACAGACCAACAACCUGCUCGAGCAAAAGCUUAACUCUGUGACUCAAAGUAUGGAAGGAGAGCGUGUGAGGUUGAGCCGACGUAUUUCAGCUUUGACAGAACAACUGGCUGGUGCCAAAUUUUCCAACGAUGUGGACAUAUUAAAUGUGAAGUCCGUGUUGAACAAAAGCAACAACCAUUUUCAUCCAGAUGAUGCCAUCGAUCAGGGGGCCCUCCCCAUCACCCCUCCUCCGAUCCAGUUCAUGGACAGUCAAAAUUACGAAAAGGUCAAAGCAGCGGGGCAGGAGCAAAGUCUGGGUUCAGUUCCAGAGGAGGACGAGUCAGACUGGUCAGAAAUGGGGGAGGAGAUCCCACGAUUCAUUCUGAUGGGAUCGAACAGAGGCCAAGCCUGGCGGCACAGGGACGCAGACGUGGACAAGGACAGCGAGUCGGGAGGUGAGGAAAUGGUCCGACGUCACUCUCCUCGACCUCUGCAGAUACCGCAUCUCCAAUUCACCAUCCACAACGAAAUUUUACCUCUCACACAACCCAACGCUUGCCCCUCCGGCAUGGCAGGCGAGAGCACGUUUCGGAUCACCACGAGUCAAAAUCUCGGUUCCACCAUUCUGAUCAGGUCAGCCAGCCUGGAAGAAAUCCCUCUGGCAUGCCACCAAACGCCAAAAGAACUGAGAGGCACAGAGGCCAUGAUGGACCUCCACCACCCGAGGGAUGACUCUAUCCAGGAUUUAGAUAAUGAGAUUAUUCAUCAUUGGAGAAGCAGCAACGAAAGGGGCAGAGAGAGGCCACUGGAGGCGGAUAGCGCUCCGUCCGGCCUGCAGUCAGUCGAGCAGAUGCUCAACCAGUUCAUGUGUGAGCCGCAGCCCGGCGAGGGAAGACGCCAGGGCAGGCCCGAGGUGCACGGCUGGACGGGAGGGAUGGCAGAAGAGGUGUUUGGAGGAGAGCAAACACAACUGUGAUGCCUGAAGCCACUUUAUAUAGCAGCAUAGUUCAUGCAACCUGUUUUUCCAGUGGUUGAAGGUUUUUAGGAAACUUUCUGAUAAUUGUUCAAUGAUACGUUUAUCGUAGUGCUGCUUUGCAGUGGGAUAAAAGUGCCGGUAAUUCAGGACCACUGACAGCUCCUACUACUGCAUUACAGAAAAAGUACACAAUAUACAGUGUAUACAAAUUAUAAUAUAUAUAUAUAUAUAUAUGUAUAUGUAUAUAUGUAUAUAUAUAUAUGUAUAUAUGUAUAUAUAUAUAUGUAUGUGUGUGUGUGUGUGUGUGUGUGUGUGUGUGUGUGUAUAUAUAUAUAUACAGUGUGUAUAUAUAUAUAUAUAUAUAUAUAUAUAUAUAUAUAUAUGUAUGUAUAUAUAUACAGUAUGUAUGCAUAUAUAUAUAUAUAUGUGUGUGUGUGUGUAUAUUUCUCUUAAAAUAAAACUUUUGGUAGAAAACACAUAAUAAUAACACGACAUGCGCUGUUACGCCAACACUAAUUGAGCAGACCACGUCAACCCUGACGUCAGCAUCCUGGCAAGCCACACCUCUUACUGAUGGCGGCACGGUCAGACACAACGUCUGACGGUCUUUUAAAACUUUAUUGUGACCUCAACACAUGAACAGCAGUGCAAUUCCAACACCGUACAUUCAUCACCAUCUCACAAGCACGUCUCUAGUUCGCCUCGGAACGGCACUUACGCAUUCCAUUAGCUACACGACCGCGAGCUGCAUUCAGGGACACUCUAAAAAUCACAAUAAGGUCUUUAUUACGCCUGUAUUUGUGGUCUAAAUAUUUAUUUAGCAUUUAAGUAUAAAUACAGUAAAAAUGUGGAUUCAGCUCAUUAAAAAAUAAGUGGUGUUUUUGAACGCAAUCCCGGAUAAAGUGUGAUUCAAACCUUUUCAGAUUUCGCACUGUUGGGCCGUCCUUGAAUGCACCUCGUGCGCUGGUAGCAAAAGUUUGUUUGGCUGAGGAAGCAAAGCUUAGACAGUCAUUGGUCACCGUACAAUGUCAUUCAUUACCGGUAAGUAAUAAGUAUACCGGACCGGAUCGUUACCUUCUGUACUGUAAAAUGAUAUAUGAAUAUGUGAUUCAAGUGUAGUUAGUCCAAUGUUAUGCACUCGCCUUUACAUGUUAAACCCAGUGUACAAAAACCCCUUUCCUGUAAAAGUAGCCUGUUUGUGCCGUUUGUAUGUAGCAGUGAGGUGUUGUUUUUCUAAUAGAUCAGUACAAUUGUAAUAUGAAUGCAAAUGAACGCAUUGUGUGCUAAAACAUGUUUCCUCCGUAAUAAAAUUGUCCUGCUAAGAGAAAAUAAUAUACAUGACAUCUGGUCAUGUACUACUAACGCGAUUACUUCAAAUAAAGAUACUAUGAAACAUUA